UUAAUGUUUUGCCAUGGUCGUACUCGAACAACACCUACUAGAAGAAGACACAUGAUGAAUUAAAGAAAAGAAUGAGGAACAAGGGGUGAAGUACCCAAAAACGACGGCGUUUCUCUUUCUCUAAGUUCUCCUCCUCCACAUCAAGAGAGAGAGAGAGAGAGAAUCGGUUUCUGGCUUUGCAUCAGCCGCUUCGUUCUUUUUUCUUCGAUAACGGAAAAAACAAAAUAUGGUUUCCGACUUGGACCUGGUGACCCGACUCCGUGAGAUUCUCGGUAGCUCUGACCUAGAAAAGGCGACUCCGGCUAGCGUCCGUCGUCAACUCGAGGCGGAUUUCGGUGUCGACUUUACUGAUAAGAAAGCCUUCAUUAGGGAUCAAAUCGACGCUUUUCUCGAGACCAAUGGCGCUGUAGAAGAACAAGAGGAAGAGACCCCUAAGGCAGAAGAAGAAGAGGAAGAGACCCCUAAGGCAGAAGAAGAAGAAGAAGACAUUGAUGCCGACGGAAUCAAGGCGGCGAUUGAAUUAGCUGACGGAGAUGGAGGAAGUGAAAGUGAGGAGAAGAAGGAGGAACGGCCAGUAAAGGCCAAGAAACGAGGAGGUGGUUUUGCCAAAGUAUCUCAACUAUCUCCACAGCUUGAGAAGGUUGUUGGAACAUCUCAGUUAGGUCGAACCGAGGUUGUGAAGAAAUUGUGGGCUUAUAUCAAAGAGAAGGGUUUGCAGGACCCAAAGGACGGGAGGAAGAUUGUGUGUGACGAGUUGCUUCAUUCCUUGUUCCGUGUCAAGACCAUUAAUAUGUUUCUAAUGAACAAGGCUUUAUCCAAGCAUAUUUGGCCCUUAGGCGAGGGAGAUGAAUAUGAUGCUGAAGAUGAGGCAUCGGAGGGAACAGACAAGAAAGGGGAACAAAACGAAGAAGUGGGAGAGAAUAAGGUAGAAGAAAGUGAAGAUGAGGAAGUUAGGAAUUUGCGGAAACGCAAGAGAAAAACGCCUGCCAAGUCGGUAGAGAAGCCCAAGAGAAAAGGAGGAGGCGGCGGCUUUGCUAAAAUUUGCAGCCUCUCACCGGAGCUUCAGGCAUUUACUGGGGUGACAGAAUUAGCCAGGACAGAGGUGGUGAAAUUGCUUUGGAAGUACAUAAAGGAGAACAAAUUGCAAGAUCCGAAUGAUGGACGCACAAUAAUAUGCAAUGAGCCAUUGCGAUCUCUGUUCCCGUUCGAGUCAAUCAAUAUGUUUCAGAUGAAUAAACUGCUAACAAAACACAUAUGGCCUCUAGAGGAUAAUGCAGGAGAAUCAAUUAGCUCUAACUCCCCAAAGAAUGGAAAGCAAAAAAUGGAAUCAGAUGGAGACACAGAUAGUGAGGAACCAGACGAGCAAGAUAAAAGAAGAAGACGGAAGUUCUUGCUCCCCUUCCACUUUCAGAUGCAGUAGUCAAGCUCGAGAAAUAAAACAGAAUAAUCUUCAGGAUCCUUCUGGCGAGAGGAGAGUCAUAUGCGAUGAGAAGCUGUUAGAACUCUUUGAAGUUGGUUCACUUGAAGUCUGGAAGACGCAUCGGUCUCAAAACAUCUGACCAACCACUUCAUCAAGACUGAACAAUGACUCUUUUAGGAAGUUGCCAGUUUUUAUAAUAUUUUCCACGUAGGCAAAACACAGUUCUCCACAAAGUCGGAUCGAUUUCCUGGACAUUUUUUUUUGGAUCAGUAGAGGUCAGUUCAGGAAACCCGACAAAGCCGUUGUAUUGAUUUAGUCUCCUUCAAAGGUGUAAGUUAAAAGACUAUAAAGGUAUCUCGAAUGUGAGACUUGUAGCAUAUUGCGUUUUCUGAAUUUGCUUGCAAGUGCAGCCUUUUUGGAGUUUGUUUCUAAUAUUUACCCUUUUGGUAUAUAGACUGACAAAAAUCAUUUCCUA